AUGGGGGAUAAUAACACAGAUGACAUUUAUGCUAUUGUGGAAUUUUUACCAUCCCCAACCGAUGGAAAAAAAGAAGUUGACAUCGUUCCAUCAAGCUGGCUCACUCAAGUUGAUGAGGAGUCAUAUUCGUACUAUCCAGACCCUGAUAAUUAUCACAAGCUCGACAAGUAUGUGCAAGAGUUGCGAAAUGCGAAAAAUUCUUGGUCAAAAUAUCCAGUCCAAAUCAUUUCUUAUGCAGAUUAUUCGCAAGCCAAAAGACGUUUAAAACGUUCUUUUACCACAACUAACGUUAAAAGCACUGACGAGUCCAGCAGACCAAUUGGAAAGCCUUUGAUGAUGUCACAAGCACGUGUUCUCAAUGAAAUGAAUGAUGUACUACCAAUGCACGAUGAAGGUUCAUCAAGUGGCUUCAUAGAGAAAAAUAAAUCAAAAAAAAAAAUGAACAGCAAACUAAUGGUAAAAAAAAACUCGACUGACACAAUAACAAUGAUUUCUGAAGCGAGGGAAGGAAUUGACUUAGAAUCCUUGAAAGAAUUUAUAAGCGCUAAAAUGAGAGAACAAACUGAGUCAGUUAAGCGUUAUUUAAUAAAUGAGAAGAAAAGCUUGCAGUACGAUAUGAAAAAAUAUGUUGAUGAAAUUAAAAAUACACUGAUAGCUAACAAAGUAGCUACAAAUCCUCAACAAAGUGCAUCAAGUGCGAUUGAAACAUUGAAUGUUGAGCUUCCAAUUAAAAAUCUAGGGGACUUUCAGAAGUUUGAUACUGACUUAACAGAGAAAGCAUCAAAAAGAGAGGCAUUGCUUACAUUUUUCCGGAUCAAAAUUUUUGGCGAAAAUACAGCGAAAGGAUGCAUUACUAAAAUGGCAUCUGCACUGAUAACCAAAAAUGUAGAAAAAAAUUACUCUGGUACUGGGAAAAAAAUAAAAGGCGAGAGAAAACUUAAUUUUAGCGCCACAGAAACAUUUAAGUGUAUGGAAGAUGUAGUAAAAGAGAAACUUGGUGACUGUGAAGAUUGCAAACAUUUUGCUGGCAAAGUUGGCCGGUGGUUGUCAGGGCAAGGAGAUCGAGAACAGGGUCGAAAACAGAGAUCCUUAUCUUUAUAA